AUGGCCUCGGGGUAUGCUCUUCCUCACGCACCAGCGGCAGGAAGUCACCAUGGACAUACCCGAUCGCUUUCCGGCGUUCACCUGUCACCAGGAAAGACACUAUCGAACGGCUUCGCGACCAGCAAUGGACACUCUGCUAGAAAGACUGCAUCGAACAGCACCCUCUACACGCACGAGGAGACGAGUCGGGAAACUAGUCCUAUGCCGUCGCCGGGAGACGAAUACCCAGCGUACGAGCACAACACGGCUGCAGUGGCGCACAAUCACCACUCGCACGCACACAAGCAUACACAAUCAUGGUCUCCCAUGGCGAGCAGGCCUCGUGGGGAGUCAGAUCUGGGGAACGCCAGUUACAGGACGGCGGGAGUCACAUCUGCAACAGCGCUGACUACGCUGUCUUCGUGGCUCUCGCUGCCAGAAGCCUUGACCAGUCUUCUCGUGCCGCUACCAUACAUCCUGGCAUCAGCAACAUUCUCAUCCAUGUCUGGUCGUUCGGCUAAGGAGUUCCCUCCACUGGCGGUGUAUGAGGAUGCAGGUCUGGCAUUGGAAGGCGAUGCUGCAGUCUCGUCUACUUCCACCGGCAUCUUCGAAACAGGCAUGCUCACAUCUGGCACACUGUUGGCUGUAGGCAUCGCGGCAAAGGUACUCUGUGCUGAGCGAAUGCUGGACAGGAGGAAACAGGCACCGAGCUCGAAUGCUAGCCUGAGCAGUCUCUUUUCUCAUGCGGCCCUCCAAAGCAUGGCACUGCGGAUAGCAAGCGUUGCUCUUCCAUACUACGCCUCCAUGCAGCUGGGAGGCGCCAGGGUUGGAUUGGUACUGCUUAUCGCACUUACUGUCGGCCUCGCGAACACAAACACUCCGAUGAUGCCUUCUCUCAAAAGCCUCAGCGCUGCCUGGUCAUCCCAAGUCGCCACAAGUGUGGUGAUGGUCAUCGCAUACAUAUGUGAUGAGGCUGGUGUGACGAUCAGCAACUCGCUUUCCGGGAUUGUGCUUGGUUAUCUCACGCUGAUCGUCUCCGUCAUGAUCCUUCCUCCACCGUUGCCAAGCGGAAGUGGUGCGCAAAACGCCAGCUCGAGUUCGACGGCGCACCACCGGUCUCUGAGUGCCUCGUCGCCGCUACAGAGAUCAGUAGGAGACGUCAACAUCACACUCGCUGCCGGCGGCGUGUUGGCAGUAUUCACAGGGAUCGCUUCGCUGAUCAGCGGAGCACAUAUGGUGCUAUCGGCAUCUUCGCUGGUGCUUGCUGUACUCACUAUUGCUUCAAUGGCAUCAGCCAUCUUUCUAUCCACACCUUCAAGCCUUCGCAGCCCGAGUAAAGCAGGUCUAGCCCUGGGCUGCUUCACGACCGCCAGCUGCUCUUUCCUGUACUCACCAUCCUUGUGGCCUGGUACCAUUUGCAAUGGUGGCAUUUGCGCACUUUCAUUUCUCAGCGUCCUGUACGAUACCAACACUGAUGAGAAAAAACAUCAUCAUCACAAUCACCACGAUCAUCAUGAUCACCACGAACAGGACGGGCAUCAUGUUCAUACGCAUCACCAUCACGAACGCACGGAGGAGAGCUAUUCGACGCUCACGAAGUACAUAAUGUCGAGAUGCGAGCCGGGCUCGCUUGUUUAUAGCAUUUUGAGUGAGAAGGACUCCAGGAGGAUUGCAUACUUCACGACGCUGAAUUUUGGUUUCAUGUUGGUACAAGGCGCAUAUGGGUACAUCAGCGGCUCCCUUGGAUUGCUGAGCGAUACUGUACAUAUGUUCUUCGACUGCUUGGGUUUGGUUGUGGGCUUGGGCGCAGCAGUGGCAUCGAAAUGGCCCACCAGCCCGGAGAAGCCGUAUGGCUGGGGCAAGCUGAACACUCUUGCGGGCUUCGGCAACGGCGUUUUCCUCAUGCUGGUAAGCGUGGAAUUUGUGUGGGAGGCCAUCGAGGGCAUCAUGGAGAAGCAUGAACUACGGCAUGUCCAGGAACUGCUCGUCGUCAGCACGCUUGGUCUUCUCGUCAAUAUGGUGGGACUUUUCGCGUUUGGGCACGCACAUGCUGGACAUGAUCAUGGCCAUUCGCAUUCUCACGGGCAUCAUGAGAAGGAGCACAAUCACGAUCAUGGCCACGGCCACGGCCAUGACCAUUCCCACGGACACGCGCAUGACCAUCAUCAUGAUCAUUCACACGAUCACGCACAUGCACACGCACCCGCGCACGACCAUGCUCACCACGACCACAACGAUAACAUGCACGGCAUCUUCCUGCACGUCGCAGCAGACGCCGGCGGCUCGCUAGCAGUCAUCAUCAGCACCGCUCUAACUCUCUGGAAACCCUGGUACGGCUGGGACCCACUCGCGACCAUCAUAAUCGCGGUCCUCAUCUUCGCCGCUGCUGUACCACUAGUCGUCUCGUCCGGGCAGAAGCUCCUCCUCGUCGUGCCAGAAAGCCUCGAGUACAGCAUCAAGAACACUUUACAAGGUCUGGGCGACCUUCGAGGGGUUAUUGGCUACGCCGCUCCUCGCUUCUGGCUCGACGAUAAGGAGGAGGGCGGGGACGCACAUGGUCACCAUCAUCACGGCCAUGACCAUGGGGCGCCGAGCGGGAAGCAGAGAGUACAAGGAGUCAUUCACGUCAUAGCUGCACCGACUGCAGAUUUGGAAGACGUGAGGAAGAGGGUGGAAGAGUAUACUGCGGAGCGGAACAUGGAUCUUGUGAUUCAGGUUGAAAGGGAGGCGGAUAGUCAGUGUUGGUGCGGUGGUGUGUCGCCGCGGUCGAGUUAG